CCCUGCCCUGCCUGUGGAAUUGUCCUGAGUCAUCCCUUUGGGCUGAGGCCAUGGGAAGAAACCAUUGUGUCACUAGGAGGCAGCCCUCAGUCCGGGCCUAAACAAGGGAGGCCUGGGAAAGUGGGGCCGAGGGGUGGCUGCAAAAUGGCCACGGCAGGUCUGAGUCCUGGAGCUAGUCUUCCUCGAUAGCCUGGGCUCCACUGCCCUUGUCCUCCCGGCUGGCUCACUCACUGGUAUGAGGGUUUCUGGUGCAGUGUGCCCACCAGCAGGCCCACAGCUAAAGAUCUGAGAAGGCCUUCGGGGAGUCAAGAGGUGGGAGGGUUGGGGGGGGGGGGGUAGUGCCUGGGGAAGGAUGGGUGUUGGCAAGAGAGGGACAAACCAGGCAGGCUGACAGCAGGGCGGGCCUUGCUCACGCCAGCCCGUGGGCGGGCUCAGGCUGGGUUUCACUUCCCGCCACUGCUGCCAGCAGCAAGAAUCAGCCAGAAAGUGUGUGCCCCGCCUGAGCCAUUGCUGCCUGCCUGCUACUCGGCUCAGCGGCAGGUACCCACCAUGGGCUCACAGGGCCUACUCCCAGGUCCUGUGCAGACCCUCAUCUUCUUGGACCUGGAAGCCACUGGCCUGCCCUUCUCCCAGCCCAAGGUCACAGAACUCUGCCUGCUGGCCGUCCACAGAUGUGCCCUAGAGAGCUCUCCCAACCCUCACGGGCCUCCUCCCACAGUGCCCCCACCACCCCGUGUGGUGGACAAGCUCUCCUUGUGCGUGGCCCCAGGGAAGGCCUGUAGCCCUGCAGCCAGUGACAUCACAGGCCUGAGCACAGGUAUGCUGACAGCGCAUGGGCGUCAACGCUUCGAUGCCGACCUGGUCAACCUGCUCCGAGCCUUUCUGCAGCGCCAGCCGAAGCCCUGGUGCCUCGUGGCACACAAUGGUGACCGCUAUGACUUCCCCCUGCUCCAGGCAGAGCUGGCUGUGCUGGGCCUUACCAGUGCUCUGGACGGCGCCUUCUGUGUGGAUAGCAUUGCUGCCCUGAAGGCCCUAGAGCAAGCGGGCAGCCCCUCGGAGCAUGGCCCAAGGAAGAGCUACAGCCUGGGAAGCAUCUACACACGCCUAUACGGGAAGGCCCCCCCGGACUCACACACAGCCGAGGGUGACGUGCUAGCUCUGCUCAGCAUCUGUCAGUGGAGGCCACGGGCCCUGCUGCAGUGGGUGGAUGCUCACGCCAGGCCCUUCAGCACCGUCAAGCCGAUGUAUGGGGUCACAGCCUCUACUGGAACCAACCUAAGGCCAUCUGCUGCCACAGCCACUGUACCCCUGGCCAGAGCCAGGGACACCAGUCCCAACCUUGAUGGGGGCAGGAGGCCCAAGGCCCUUCCUCCAAUGAAAGGCCUUGGAGCCCCACCUGGAGAGGGACUGUUGGCUCCACUGGGCCUUCUGGCCUUCCUGACCUUGGCAGUAGCCACACUGUAUGGGCUGUCUCUGGUCACACCUGGGCAGUAGGCCGAGAAGGAAAGUCUGGCUAAUAAAGCUCCCCACAGCA